AUGGCGGCGACUGCCGCCACCACGGCCGCCACCGCCGGCACGGCCGUCCGCAGCAGCAGCACCAGCAGCGCCGGCACCGACGCCGCGGGCACCGGCAGAUUGCAGCCGCCGCCGCAGCCCCGGCCCGCGGCCGCAGUGCCGGCCCAGCCGCCGCUGCCGCCGCCCGAGCCCCCCAGGAAGCCGCGCAUGGACCCGCGGCGCCGCCAGGCUGCCCUCUCCUUCCUCACCAACAUCUCGCUGGACGGCCGGCCGCCGCUGCAGGACGAGGAGUGGGCCGGCGGCGAGGACAGCAGCGCGGCCAAGCCCAGCAGCGGCUGCGGCGCGAGGACUCGGCUCAGCCUGCUCGCCGCCGCCGAGCGGGGCGGCUGCGGCGCGCUCACCGCGGCGGGCGCGGCGGCGGCGGCGUUGGCGGCUGGAUCGGGCCCCUGCCUCCUGCCGCCUUCGCCGCUGCCGCCGCUCGUCCCCGGCGGCCACGCGACCGUGCUCGGCCCCGGGGCUGCCCGGGGGUUCGCGAGCCCCCUGGGCGCCGGCCGGGCGUCGGGGGAGCAGUGGCAGCCGCUCCGGCCCGCGCCUUUCGCCGCCGGCGUUCAGCCGCAGCCGCCAGACGGGCCCGGGGACGCCGGGCCGGAGGAGCUGGAGGAGGACGAUGCCUUUACCGGAGUGCACGUGCCGGCGGCCGCCUUCCUGAGCUCCGGGACCCCCGGGGGCGGGAGCGGCAGUCGGGGCCGCCUCAACUCGUUCACUCAGGGAAUCCUACCUAUCGCCUUCUCCAGGCAGACCUCGCAGAACUACUGUUCGCUGGAGCAGGCGGGUCCGGGGAGCGGCUCCAGCGCCUUCGAGCAGCUGCAGAGGUCCCGACGUCGCCUCAUCUCCCAGCGAUCAUCCUUGGAGACCCUGGAAGACAUUGAGGAGAACGCCCCUCUACGGAGAUGUCGAACUCUCUCAGGUUCGCCCAGACCAAAGAACUUUAAGAAGAUUCAUUUUAUCAAGAAUAUGCGGCAGCAUGAUACCAGGAAUGGCAGAAUAGUCCUUAUCAGUGGCAGAAGAUCCUUCUGUAGUAUAUUUUCAGUGCUGCCGUAUCGGGACAGUACCCAAGUUGGAGAUUUGAAGCUGGAUGGAGGGAGACAAUCAGCAGGAGCCGUGAGCCUGAAAGAGAUCAUCGGCCUGGAAGGCGUGGAGCUGGGUGCCGACGGGAAGACUGUUUCUUACACCCAGUUUCUGUUGCCCACGAAUGCCUUCGGAACACGGAGAAACACCUUAGACUCCACGUCCUCCUUCUCCCAGCUCCGUACCCUGAGCCACCGCAGCCUCUCCAUCGGCCGGGCGAGCAGCACCCAGGGGAGCCUCGACACGGGUAGCGACCUGGGAGACUUUAUGGACUACGACCCGAAUCUCCUGGAUGACCCCCAGUGGCCUUGUGGCAAGCACAAGCGAGUUCUCAUCUUCCCUUCAUACAUGACCACAGUGAUUGACUACGUGAAGCCCUCCGAUCUCAAGAAGGACAUGAAUGAGACCUUCAAGGAGAAGUUCCCUCACAUUAAGUUAACACUCAGCAAAAUCCGGAGCCUGAAACGAGAGAUGCGGAAGCUCGCCCAGGAGGACUGUGGCCUCGAGGAGCCCACGGUGGCCAUGGCAUUUGUCUACUUUGAGAAGCUCGCCCUCAAGGGAAAACUGAACAAACAGAACCGGAAGCUUUGUGCUGGCGCUUGCGUGCUCUUAGCAGCCAAAAUCGGAAGCGACCUCAAAAAGCAUGAAGUCAAGCAUUUAAUUGACAAACUGGAAGAGAAGUUCCGGCUGAAUCGACGAGAACUGAUCGCCUUUGAGUUCCCAGUGUUGGUGGCCUUGGAGUUUGCCCUUCACCUCCCAGAGCACGAAGUUAUGCCUCACUACAGACGCCUGGUCCAGAGCUCCUAG